AUGCCCUUCGCAAAGCUCUCCAAUGGCACAGAGCUCGAGUACUUUGACUCACUAAGUACCUUCUCAACUGAUGUUGCUUCCAUCAAAACAACACUCAUCAUGACGCACGGCGUAGGAAGCAAUGUUGAGCUCAUGACAACGCCUUUGUUCAAGCAACAACUACUCGAGGCCUACAAUUUGCGCAUUAUUGCUUACAAUCGUCGAGGUUUUGGACAGUCUACGCCACUAACAAAGGAUGAAGUUGAGUGCAAAGCAGAUCGUACGGCAAUGUGCUUGGACUAUACAACCGACCUCGCCUUGUUCUUACACUAUUGCAAGACGCAAUUGAAGCCUACUGGCCAUUGCAUCUUUCUCGGCUGGUCAAAAGCAUCUGAACUGGUUCUAGCGCUGGCAAAUCCCACGUUCUUGCCAGUCGACCUUCGCAAAGAUGCUCUUGCAGCAGUCGACGAUUUGAUUGUGUUUGAGCCGACUUCUGUCAUUUUUGGCAAAGCCAUCCGACCGACGCCCGAGCUCAAGGCACUAGGCAAUCUAUCUGACCCAAAUGUCUUUAAACGCUGGACCACCGGGCAUUAUCGCCACCCUGACGGGCCUGGGGGCAAGUUUGCAUCUACACCAACAUCCUUGACCAUUGAUGAUACUGCGGCUGACGCUUUGUACAGACGUACCUUGAAAUUGGAAAACAUACAGCAUGGUUCUACGUGGUGUGCUCGUAACAACAAAGAAAUGCAUGCCUUUACAACAGCUGCAAUACAGGCACCGGACGUGCGCUUACGUUUGUUGUAUGCUGCAGAAACCGCAGGGUGGUUUGUGGCAGCUGCGAAUGAGGCAAAGCGAUUGGGUGUGGAUGUGCAAUGCGGGAGUAAGACUGGCAACCAUUUCUUCUUUCUCGAAAAGCCUGAAGCAUUCUUGAUGGCUGUCUGCAAUCCGCCGAUACAGUCCAAACUGUAA